ACCGCCAACCAGUGUGCACGACGGGCGGGUCUCGCUUUACUUCCUCCAGUGCGUAUCGCGGCGGCCCGCUUUCGGCCGCUGCACAUUGUGUUUGGUAGUCGUGUCAGUCAGUCUUAAGAUGGUCGACGAUUGCUGCGAUCGCCGCUGCUGGUAGUGUGUGAAAGGCGGCAACCAGAAACUCAUACGCCUGCUGCUACGUGUACGGUGGUGCCGUCAUUCGGGUGCGCUGUGAACACCUGAGCCACGUUCAAGCACGUUCCUGUCCCUUCAGCUCACGCAGGGCACGCACGGUCCGAUUGUACGGGUGCCCUUAGUGCAAGUGUUGCGAUCAGUGAGGUGAGCUGAAAAAAAGCAUGAUUAGAAACUCGCCCACGAGUGUACGGUGCGAAUCUGUAUCUAAAUCUCACCGCGCUUUCCACAACCUGCGUUCGACGGCCACGGGUGAGGGCCCCCAGUGAAAGCAAACAGCUAGAAGCAUUAAAUUCCUGCGCGCGCGCGCAGGUUCGUUAACUUAUCACACUGCGUCGAAGCACAAAAGCUUGCCUCCUUUUAAGGGGUUGUGUUGUUACUUGCGUUGCCCAAUGGCAGGAAGUGUGAAAGGAAUGCGGUUUUUGUACGGAUCCGCCGUCCGGUGGCGUGGAUCGGCGUCUACCAUGCGAAUUCUGGCCGCGGUGUUGCUGUUGUGUGCGAUGGUUUUAGACAAUGCUGCAAGUCAAAAACCAGAAGAGGGCCCUUAUCGGGGGAAAUACAUAGGCAAGUUUAAUUCCUAUCACCAUCAAGCAUCGGGAGACGUUUACGCCGUGGACGAGUACACGUUUCUACUGACCGGUUUCAACUACGACGGCAAUGGGGUCGACACGUUCUUCUGGUCCGGUGCAAGCAAUCGCCCCGGACCUCAAGGAUUUAUCGUGCCGGACGAGUACGGCAAGACAAACAUCCUGGAACGAUACUUCAACAAAGAUUUCACGAUACGCCUCCCGGAUAACAAGAAGAUUACGGAGGUGAAAUGGUUGGCCGUGUAUGAUCUGAACUCGCAGAACAACUUCGCCGACGUGUACAUCCCGGAAGACUUUGAACCGCCCGUACCGCAAAAGGCGGGCAGUUUGACCGCCAUCGCCGGUGGACCCAUGGUGUCGAGCGACACGAUCGACAUUCUCGACUCGAAGACGAUCCGCAUCACCGACUUCAGCUACGAUGGCAAGGCCGGUGCCCAAGCGGAGGUACAUUUCUGGGUUGGCGUUGGUCCGUCACCGUCGUCCAAAGGUAGCAAGGUGCCGGACGAGAUGGGUUACCUGGAUCCCAUACGGGUGUACGAUCGUGAAACGAUCACGCUGGAGCUUCCGGGUGAUAUGACAAUCUUCGACAUCGAUUGGUUCAGCGUGUACGAUGUGGGGGCGCGCCUGGACUACGGAUCGAUUCUGAUUUUGGACGACCUAAAUGUGCCACCGUCGUUGGUGCGCGUCACGCCGCACACCGAGUCACUGCCGAACUGUCGCCAGCUGCAUAAAGAUUAUCGCGUUUCGUGGGAAGUGUUCGGGCCGCAGAUCACUAUCCAGCUGGCGGGAACCGUGCAGCAGGAUGAAUACAUGUCGUUCGGGCUGUCCGGCUCGGAACAACGGAGCCAAAUGCUUGGAGCGGACGUGGUCGUCGCCUUCAUCGAUGGGCACCGUGGGUAUGCGGUGGACUAUAACAUUACCUCCCUAGCGCCGUGUGUGCAGGUGCUCGGUCAAAACAAGGGCGUCUGCCGGGACGAUGUGGUUGGUGGGCUGGACAGCUAUCAGCUGCACACGUUCAGCCGGGAGAACGACAUCAACACGAUCACCUUCCGGCGCACGCUAAUUUCGUCCGAUUCGGGAGACAAGGAGUUCCUGCUGGACCGCCCGAUGUACGUGGUGUGGGCGAUGGGUCGUCUUGAUUCCAACAAUGAGCCCACCUAUCACGACGUCUACCCGAAACGAAACGUGCAGAUUCACUUUAAUUCCUCCGAGCCGGUUAACGAUUGCUUCAGCUUUACUAGUCGCGAAGCCAACCUGAAGGAUGUUUGGGAGCGACAGCAGAUUUUCGAUCGCUCGGUCCGAUCAUUCACGGCCACCCUGGGUCCGGCGGGUGGUAAGCGAGGCUACCAGGGCAUUACCGGGCAUGUUUCGAACGGUCUUGCGUGGUACAUCAACGGGUUCCUCGUGCCGGAGCUGUGGUUGCGACGAGGUCUCACCUACUCCUUCCGUGUACGCGGCGGCAACAAUCCUCACUCACCGGAGUUCUACCAUCCGCUUGUGAUCACGGACGAACCGCACGGUGGCUUCGACCGACUGUCCGACGCACGGCAGAGCGAAAUCCGAGUUCUAGCGGGCGUGGAGUUUACGCGCCGCGGACGUCCCAAACCAAUUGCGGCCGGUCCACUUUGUCUCGCGCGUCAUCCGGAGGGGCAGGAUCGCAGGCUCGAUGAUAAUUUUGCGACAUUCAAAAAGUUCAACCGUACGCUCAAGUGGAGUUGUGAUUCCGGCGAACCGGCUGUAUUGGAGAUAACGCCCAACACCAGCUGGCCAGAUGUGGUCUAUUAUAACAGCUUCACACACGCGAACAUGGGCUGGAAGAUACAUAUUGUCGAUAGUUAUAGCCAGUCAGCACGUAAUCAUGGCACGACAUACAGCUUUAAUCAUACGAUUCGAUUACUUCUUCUCACCAGUAGCCUCGUCGUGUGGGCAUGGCUACAGAAAUAA